CGCAUAACUCGUCCUCGCUCAUCGAGACGCAGCGGCAGUAGAUCAAUUUCCGGAGCAAAGACACGCAAGAGAGAUCCCGCGAGCAACAUAUCGACCUUGCCACACUUGCCCACGUCUCUGCCUUGCUGCGUCCUCCCCGCAUCACGAUGAGCGGCGACGAUGUUAAGCUGCAGUUUCUAGGCACCUCGAGCGCUCCUUCGGGCUCGCGCAACUACUCGUCGCUCGUCGUCCACUUUGACAGCAAGACUUCGGUCAUGGUGGACUGCGGUGAGGGCACACAACAGCAAAUCAACGAUAAGAGGAUUGGCGGUGACGCAAAGGUCUCGAGCAUUCAAAUGAUCCUCAUCACGCAUCUCCACCAAGACCACGUCCUCGGUCUUGCUCCCCUCUUGACGACCCUCCUUGGCCCGUCAGCUGCUCCAUCACAUGACGACAAGCCGCGCGUCCACAUCUUCGGCCCGCUUGGGCUGCGAGCACUCCUGCGCACUCAACUCACCCUCUGCUACACCACCCUCAACGUCAACUACACCGUCCACGAGCUGCUCUGGCCCGACCAGCAGCCUACGGGUGUCCAUCCUCAGGCCAGCACGCUCGAGACGGACGUCGGCCUUGCCGGCUCGACUCACGGCCCUCGACGCGUCAUACCGCAGCUGCCCCUUCACUCCAAUGAGGUGCAAGGACGCGACAUCUUCCUCGAUCCCCCUUCCGCCUCCUGGCCCAACAUCGCAGAGCUAGCCGGCUUCAAAAUUAGCGCUGCUCCCAUCUUGCAUCGUGCGCCCACCGUUGGCUAUAUCUUUGCCGAAGCCCCCACGUCCUCGCCCAUCGACCCACGAGUCAUUGCACAGAUCGAUGCGCAGGCCUCGGAGAUUCGAGCAAAGGGCAUUUCCAAUCAUCGAUCCCUUGUCGGCAAGCUCAUCAAGGAGCGCAAGACGAUUGAGCUACCGGAUGGCACCAAGCUUGAGCCACCUCCUCUUGACGUGCCAGGCCGCAAACUUGUCAUCCUGGGCGACACCUGCGACGCCUCCGGCGGCCUCGGAGACAGGAUCGGUCUCGUUCCCCUCGCUCAAGGCGCCGACAUUCUGGUCCAUGAAUCAACGAACGCCCACAUCGACCCUGCCAUCACGGGCAACGGCAAAAAGGGCGAGACGCUCGCCGACGUUACGGAGAAGGCCACCUCCCGUGGACAUUCCACUCCCCAAGGGGCAGGCGCCUUUGCAGGUCGCAUCAAUGCCCAGCAGCUCCUUCUCAACCACUUCAGCGUGCGCUACCCUGCUCCCCCUCCUUGGCUCGCCACCGCCGGCUCCGGGACAGGCAAUUGGCACGCAAACAAGGCAGGCUCGCAACAGCAGCUUCAGACCUUUGAGAAGUAUCGAGCCACAAUGCGUUCAUUUGAGGAUCAAGCCACAGCUGCUUGGCACGAUGCGAUGCCCAAAGACGCACCACUCGAUGCUGCCUGGCGCGGCAAGAAAGCAAUUGCUACGCAUGACGGCUAUAUUCACAGUGUGCCACGCAAAUUGCCCGGCCAAAUGAUGAAGGAGCAAGCCAACGUACCGCCUGUGGGAAGUGUCAAUACAGGGGUGAGCGUGUCCACGGGGCAGCCGAGCGCCAAGCAACGCAACAAGCAGAAGUAUUGGUCAAGGAGCAGGGGCAGAGGCAGAGGCAGAGGCAGAGGCAGGGGCACGAAGACUCACUGAAAUGGACGUUGCCUUUUUUCUGCUUUUCCCUGCUUGGCUAGCAUUGCAUCCACUCAAGGCGGUGGCGUCUCCCCUCCCAUUCGCAAAGUCAAAGGUGUCAAGGGUCUCUUCCGCCACGACUUGAUCAACGGAGCACCACCUACUACACCGCAGGCAGUACCGC